AUGGACAUUAAGAGAGUUGGGGAUACCCCCUGGUAUUUUACGGCGGUUUACGCCAGUCCAGACCCUAUGAAACGAAGGGAACUAUGGGACGAGUUAAAAGAAUUUGCGUCCACUCACAAUAAGCCUUGGCUAAUUGCAGGAGAUUUCAAUGAUACCCGAUUCCCUUCGGAAAGAAACAAGUCAUGCAAUGAGACAAAUCGGAGGUCUGCCCGGUUUAAUGCAUGGAUUGAUGAUAUGCAAUUGAUUGAAGUAGAGUUUUCAGGGGCAGCACACACUUGGUCGAGAGGAGUUACUCCAAAAACAAGACAACGUGGGAGACUUGACCGAGCUCUUUGCAAUGGUGAAUGGGGUGUUCGGUUCGAAACUGCUAAGGUGAAACAUCUACCGUCGAUACAAUCGGAUCAUUGCCCUCUUCUUAUCUCCCCUAAUGGCUUUGCCCCAUUACAGGCCAUUAACAAACCGUUCCGAGUUCAAGCUAUGUGGUUGAAACAUGAAAAGUUUAGUGAGUUCAUAAUCGAGAAGUGGGAUCGAGACAGCCAGCUAGUCCCAGCCUUGACUAAACUAUCUGGUGAUCUUCAAGAUUGGAACAAGGAAAUAUUUGGUAAUAUUUUUUGGCAAAAAAAAUCAAUUAUUGCAAGGAUUGAUGGUAUUCAAAAAAUCUUAUCCUCGAAUCCUGACAGAGGGUUUCUAAAGCUUGAGGCAAAACUCAGAAAAUAG